UUUGCCCCCAGCAAUAUUCUCUACUGUCUCUGCUCUUACAUGCUCCAUUCGCAACCGAACAUCGCACCACCAUACCUAUAAGAGCCUUAAUGAAGUUGAUUACUGCCAAUUUUUUGACCUGUGCCGUCAAAGGGUGCAAGGCAUCACCGGCGUCAUUCCCACUUCAUUUUAGGGAUGCGGAGCUUGAACUGCAGGAGCUUGAUUUUCAACCCGAGUUUAUCCGUAACAUUGUCCCUCGAAUUGAUUGGCAUGCAUUACAGACAAUGGCAAAUGAGCUUGGGUUCCCCAAAAUCCUGGAUAAGAAGCCGGAGGGCGAUGAGCUCAUGGAUGAACAAAUAUUAAGGGAACUUCAUCGAUUAUUAUUGGAAACGCAAAUUAUUGAGGGCAAAUUGACUUGUGGGAAUUGCGGCCAUGAAUACUUAAUCAAAGAGGGGAUUGCGAAUUUUCUUCUACCAAGUCAUUUAGUUUAAAUCUUCUACAUAUGUUGUUCCAUUAGGCGCGGCGAGCUGAGUGUCAGGCCGCAAUAGCUUGGGAGGGCUUCAUGGUUGUUCCAUGUCCUUGCCUCAUUAGUAUAUCAGGUUUUAUACCGCAAAGCGUUCCGUGUUACAUGUUACAAUUCCCGCCAGCGUCUUUUCUGCCUGCCCGAAUCGCAUAUAUCAUCAAAAAAGCCUAUGUGAUGAAAAGCCGAGUGAUGAAAGCUAUAUGGUACAUGGUUGUUGCAGUUGAUUCGGAAAUAAUAUGAAAUA